AUGAGUGGUUGCAUUGCCAUGAAUAUUAUUGAAGAACAGAUCAUAGGUAGUUCAGAUUCACUUAGGUUCCAUGUUUUUGGUAUUGGACAGCUAUUGAUGGGUUUCCGCAAUUGGACUCCUUCAUUCUCCAUAGGAAUCACUGAAAUUCUUAACACAAACCUUCUGAUAGAACUAACCACUGAUGACAUUGGAUACGUCUACCAAAGGAGCCCAGGAAAACUGUCAAGUGUCACUAUUCCGACAUUUGAAACCCUUACUCAAUUUGGCAUUGCUACUUUUGACUGCUCAAGAGGUGUUGCGGUCAUGGAGCUGAGCGAGGUUACAAUUCGGUCAUUGAAAAUUUACCCAGCAACUGAUAAAGCUGCACGAUAUGUAUGUGCUGGCAAGGUUUACUACAAUGCUAUACUGAAGGACUCUAGUUUUAAUGAAACUGAUCCAGCAGAAUGCCAAUUGUUUACUACUACCACCAUCCUUGAAAACGGACCACAGUUUGCUCCCUUUCGGCCACCAAAGAUUAGCAUAAACGGUUUCUUUGAAUCUAUUGAAGAUAUUUGGAACAGAAUUUGGGAAGGUUUAGUAGCCUCCAUCACUGGAAAAGUUGGCAGUGCUUGUGCUGCUAUGGCUUUUGCAUCAGAAAGGACUCUUCGACCCCUUUAUGACUGGUGGGAAGAUCAUCUUUGGGAUGAUGAGCAGGGAAUCAGAGAUACACUGAGACACAAAAAAGAUGUGAAUGGAGAUCGUGAGUUGGGACCAAGACAGCAACAUAAUGCUCGUAAGCGAAGAAGCAUUUAUCAAGAGCAUAGGCACGGGCAUUCAGGAAGGGAUGCAGAUUGCUAUCAUUAUCUUCACCAUGUCCACAAGGACAAGAGUAAGCACAGGGGAAGUAAGAAAUCAAAUGUCCCGCAGCAAGUCUAUUUGGAUGGACCGGAGAAUUCCAAUGUUGGAGGACAUCAUAGAAGGACUGUUUAA